GAGAGAUGAAGGAGAGAAAAGACAGAAUUCAGAAGGCCGCAUCCACCGGCUCCUGGCCGAAGUGCUGCGGAUCCUCUCCUGCACCGCAUCAGUUGGCACUGAGCACCCCCCUCGAUCACCCCGGGCCGCGGCCCUCCCUCCCGGGUGGGAGUCGGUUUUCUUUCCAAACAGGGAAAAGUGUUCCACGAAGCGGUAGCGCCCUGCUGCCUCGCCUUCUCCUCCCUGACCCUGGGCCCGGCCCCCCGUCCCGGGGCGAGCUGGUAGAGCCAGGGCUAGAAGCCCUCGGUGCCCCCGGAGCGCAGCGCGCAGGGGACCCGGGCGCGGGGCCGGCGCCCGCACAUGGCUGCAGCCCCCUGCGCGCACCCCGAGGCGCCGCGCCCUGCUCACAGAAGGUCCGUCCGCUGCGCUCGGUUGCCCUGCAGCCAGGCAGCGCUGAGCCGGGAAGUGCCCGUGACCGGGGAUCGGGAUGUCCCUUUUCUUCCUCUGGCUAGUAUCCUAUUAUGUUGGAACAUUGGGAACUCACACUGAGAUCAAGAGAGUGGCGGAGGAAAAGGUCACCUUGCCCUGUCACCAUCAGCUGGGGCUUCCAGAGAAAGACACCCUGGACAUUGAAUGGCUGCUCACCGAUAAUGAAGGGAACCAAAAAGUGGUUAUCACCUACUCCAGUCGCCAUGUCUACAAUAACCUGACUGAGGAACAGAAGGGCCGAGUGGCCUUCGCUUCCAACUUCCUGGCGGGGGAUGCCUCCCUGCAGAUCGAGCCUCUGAAACCCAGUGAUGAGGGCAGAUACACCUGCAAGGUGAAGAAUUCAGGACGCUAUGUCUGGAGCCACGUCAUCCUAAAAGUGCUAGUGAGACCAUCCAAGCCCAGGUGUGAGCUGGAAGGAGAGCUGACGGAGGGGAGCGACCUGACGCUGCAGUGUGAGUCUGCCUCUGGGACGAAGCCCAUUGUGUAUUACUGGCAGCGAAUCCGGGAGAAGGAGGGAGAGGAUGAGCACCUGCCACCCAGAUCGAGAGUUGAUUACAACAACCCUGGCCGCGUGCUGCUGCAGAAUCUCACCAUGGCCUCCUCAGGGCUCUACCAGUGCACAGCAGGCAACGAGGCCGGCAAGGAGAGCUGCGUGGUACGAGUGACCGUGCAGUAUGUGCAGAGCAUUGGCAUGAUUGCAGGAGCAGUGACGGGCAUUGUGGCUGGAGCCCUGCUCAUUUUCCUCUUGAUAUGGCUGCUAAUCCGAAGGAAAAGCAAAGAGAGGUAUGAAGAAGAAGACAGACCUAAUGAAAUUCGAGAAGACGCCGAAGCCCCCAGGGCCCGGUUGGUGAAGCCCAGCUCCUCCUCCUCAGGCUCCAGGAGCUCCCGCUCUGGCUCUUCCUCCACCCGCUCCACAGGGAAUAGUGCCUCAAGAAGCCAGAGGACACUGUCGAGUGAGGCGGCCCCGCAGCCGGCCCUGGCUUCCCAGACAUACAGCCUAAUAGGACCGGAAGUGAGAGGCCCUGAACCAAAGAAAGUCCAUCAUACGACCCUGACCAAAGCAGAAACCACACUCAGCACAAUCCCCAGCCAGAGCAAAGCCUUCCAAACUGUCUGACGUAGAGAGGACUUAACUUGCGCUUUUUCCAGAAGUCAGGAUCUUAGCCUAGCCAUUGGAGCUCGUUCACCAGCCGCACAAGCCCCUCAAGCCAGAUCUCACUUAAGUAGCUGCAGACAUGGCACGGACCAGUUCUGAUGAGCACCUUCCUUAGAGGACAGCAAACGAGCAAAAAGGACGGCGGCUGACCCUCCCUCUCUAAAGGUACCUCGCUGUGCCUUCAGACAGGCCGGAGGGGAGGAGGGCCCCAAAUUCAUUUUGCUGACCGGAACUUGUGAAAACAAGAGAAAGGUGAGGUCGCUGCGUAUGCCUGAAACAUCUUAUCCAGGAUGUUGCACGUCACCGCAGUCGGGAAAAAAAACGGGAAUCUCGUAGAUCAAUCUUCUAUUCAUUUCUGCAAAUUUAUUGGAUGAGCGUGAUUAUUCAGAUAGUCAAAGCAGAAGCCCACGCCUUAUAAUAUACCUAUCUGCAACAUGUACUGGGGGAACUGCGUCUAAGAAACUCACAUUUAAAAAAAAAGAAAGAAAAAACUCACAUAACAAAAAAAAAAAAAAAAAAAAGGAGGAAACACAUUUUUUUCUACCUUGACUUUGUGUGUCAUAAGGUUUGAACAUUAAUUUGGGGAGGAUUUGAAAUAAGGGGAGAAAGAGAAAAGCGAUUUUCUCUUACUUUAUCCUCAACCAAUCUUCCUGUUUCCGUGGAACCCUAAAAUAAUAGCUAAGGAAGGAGUCAGACCGAAAUGGGACAUGAUUCUGUGAAGAGCUUUCCAUUUUGAUGUUCAGAGGAUCACUAGCAGAUAUCAGAAGUAUAUCCUGGGGCAGCUGCGGCUCAAAUCUGACUCCACUAAAGACUUCUCUGCUGGAUGUUUCUAGAAGAAACAAAUACUACAAGCCACUUAGUGAAUGUCCUUAGGGACAGAGUCCACUAGAGAAAGUCUCUCAGGGAUGUCAAAAGAUGCCCUUGCAUACCACUUCCUGCUCCUCUUCCUGAAUAUGUGAAACCAGAAUUUCAAGACUGAUUGGAAUAGCGAGGAAGAUCAGACCUUUCUCUUAAUAGAUCAAAGGACGUUUAAUACUGGCCCAAACUUGGCGAUUCCUCCAUUUCUUUCAUUUUCAGAAGGAUGUGAAUGUGGGACUUUUGAUGAUUCUAGGCCUUAAAUUUUCAGAGAUCAUUUCCUAAGGGCGUUGAAAACCCAUCCCCCUAUCACUCCCCACUGAGAGGCUGAACCGGAUCCUCAAUGUCUUUCUCAGCCUUAGCCUCCAAAAAGUGUCGCUGUGGGCUGGAAGGAACGCAAACUACCGUUAGGGAGCAGGUGAUGAAAAAACAAAAAAACAAGUGGGUGGUGGGAGAGAGCUCAGCUAAUGUCUGUUAACAUUUUCGUUGUUGGCAUUUGGGAAAGAAUUAGCAGGAAAAAAAAAUUCACCAGCAAAACUAUCAAAACAACUCACACACGGGAGAAGAAAGGUACCCAAGAAAUUUAAAAAGAAAAGAAAAACAACAACAACAAAACAGCCAUUCCAGGAUAAAUAACUUGUCUUUGAAACAGUUUUGAAGAUUAGGCAAAGCUGCCAAACCUGACUUAGCCGGUCAAGGAACAAUGCAAAGUCAUCUGGUCACAGUGGGUGGAGCGGAGCAUUUCCCAUUGUUGACCAGGGCUGAGGACAUGGCAGUGGCUGCCAUGAGAAGCAGUCUCUGAAGUAGGACUCAGAAGCUGUCAGAAAAAAAAAAGGUUGAU